UAAGUGAACGAAUGAAGGCCCAACAAAACGCCAUCUGGGAGCUUAUUGAGACAGAAAUAUUUUUCAUUAAAAGACUAAGGGUCAUUAUAGAACUCUACUUAGACCGUUUACAAAUCCUCCAGUCUCUUGGAAUACUUAACGAAAUUGACAUUGACAUGGUGUUUAGCAACAUUCAAGAUGUUUAUGCAUCUAAUCAUCAGCUCUGGAUCAACCACAUCCUCCCUAUGUUAAACUCCAGCAGAACUAACAAAGGACCAUUGAACCCUGUUCUCAUGAAAGAUGGAUUCUUAAAAUGUGACCAUCUUUUCCAACCCUAUAUCCAAUACUGCACCGAACUCAACCUCCGUGUUGAAUACGUGAAAGAAAGGCACAAAGAGAAUGAGUUAUACAAGGCCUACGUCGCUUGGUGCGAGACGAAAAAAGAAUGCGAUCGAUUACAGUUGUCCGACCUCCUGAUAAAGCCUAUGCAGCGUCUGACCAAAUAUCCUCUUCUGCUGAAUGCUAUACUCAAGAAAACAGACAACAAGGAACAAGUCUGUGCCUUGGUUGAAAUGAAAAGAAGCAUGGAGACCUUCGUCUUGAGUGUAGAUACGAUUAUGCUACGUCAGAAUGAGAGGAAACGACUCGACUCCAUUUGUGGUCGAAUAGAGAGCUAUGACGUCGUAGACAAUAAUAACGAAGAACUGGAGAAGGCGAUGAGAGCAUAUGGCAGUUUACAUCUAGAUCUCACGUGUCCCAUGCCUGGAUGUGACACUCAACAAACAAGACAACUAAUAAAAGAGGGCGCUGCGAUCAAGCUGCGCGACUCGUCUUCUAGUAAGAUGGAAGUAUACUGUUUUCUCUUCACGGACAUGUUCCUCAUCUGUAAGCCAGUGGGGAGGCGGGGAGACAAAGUGCGGAUUAUCCGACAACCCUACCUUAUAGAAAGAUUGAUAGUUCAGGAGCUGAAGGAUGGAGGGGGUUUCCUGGUCAUUUAUCUGAACGAGUUCCGGGUUGCUAUAGCAGCAUUCAUCUUAUACACUCACGAUUCCAAGAACUGGUUAGAGAACAUCAGAAAAGCACAGAAGGCUUACCAGGAUGCCAAAAGAAAUUCAAAACGAAGUCCCGGUUUCAUUCCACCAAAAUAUGUAGAAGAUCCAUUGAGCCAUCUGGGUACUUUAAAUAAACAUUUCAACUCUAGUCAAACUAGCUUACUUCAUUCUCCCAGGGAAUAUGUAGACCUAUCCUUUGGCCCAACUUCUGCAGCAUCUGGUGGAGGUCUUUUUAUGUCACCAAUAAUACCAAAUCGCAAUAAAGCCAUCAGUUUCGAGCUUGGAAAUCUCCGCAAACCUAGUUUAGCUAAUAACAAAAGGCACGAUAAACCACGUGCUCAUAGCUUCGACACACGCUCUGGACCCGUAUGCGUGACGGUGACUUCACCUUCUACUGACAAAGAAGCCAUCAUUCUUCACGGAAGAGAAUCUAAUCCAGUGAAACUCCAAAAGUCAUCGAAACAUCAAGAAGACUUGUCGAAAGCUCGUAAUAAUUCCCGGAACUCUAUCACAACACAUUCUAAUCAAAUUCUUCAAAAGUCCCUGGUCUCAGAUGGCUUACCUACAGCUACAUUACCGCCCUCUAGUGAAGCAACGGUAAGGCAGGAAAGCCAUUUCGAAACUACAAUCCCACCCUCCGUUAGUACGAAAACGCCACAAGAUCAGGUCCACAAACCUCCACUACUCAAGACGCGAAAUGUGUCUAGUCAAGUGAGCCUCAGCCCAAUGACAAGUACCAAGUCGACCAGCAUUGGAAGUGGUACGAUCGACUUGGGACUAAGCGAAAAGAGCGAUGAAAGACGAAAUACGAAAGGGGUAGUGGAAUACCACAGGAGAUGUCACACCACGGACUUCGUAGAAAUACGGAAGAGGGGAAAAGAAAUAGAUGACGAUAUUCACAAACGUCUUUCGUGGAACGAGUGUAAUCGCAAGAAUGAUAUGAUGGCGGAUAACAAAGGAAAGCUGAUUACACAAACAAAUGAAUAUCACAGUUCUGAAUCUAUCUGUAGUUCUAGCGGUAUAGAAAGUAAUACGUCAUCCACUAUUAGCGUGGAAGAACACGAUAACAUAAUGGAAUCGCAAGGCCCUGGUCACUGUAGCCCUCGGCAACUCUCAGAGUCCGAACCAUGUAGUAUAGAAAGCCAACAGCCCCAUUUUACGCUUAAGGUCAGCGAGGUGUUAGAUGGAAUUUCAUCUGUACAAAUUAACGUGGCUGGUGCAAGCAAGCUUAAUUUUCAAAAUAUGAAGGAAUUUAUCUUGAACAGUUACUCCGUUGAGGCCUCGGAUGUGUGAGUGAAAAGGAGGUGUGAAACGUGAAGUUUAAAGCUGUCCAAUUCGACAGAAGUGAAGACCCACUCUGUUGACCGAGGUGCUUUUACUUAAACAUGCCAACAGAGAGGAUGUUUGGGGGGGGGGAACAAACUUACGUAACAAGAGCGUUUAAAAGUCAUUGAGAAAUUACAGACACUUGUCCUAAAAUUAGUAUCAAGUAAUUACUUGAUAAGCCAAAGUAGAAUUAUAAUCCAUAUAGUUUGUACAUGCAUCCAAGAUAUGGCAUCUGUUGCCAUAGCAGCCUACAGGCAGCUGUGUGACGUCACGAAACUGGCCUCACCUCUCUGUCGUUUGUAAUUGUAUGUUCAGAAAAAAAACAACGUUUAUAUGUAAAAUUAUGUAUACAUAACUGCAGUAUGACUUCGUGUAUAUAUAUACCAAUGUUAAAACCAAAUAUUCUAUGUGGCAUAAAUGAUUAUGUAUAAACAAUACUGCUGUUGUUUUAACAUUUAUAUUAGUAUAUAUCAAUGUUAAAACCAAAUAUUCU